UCCUCCCCUGGACCACCGUUCCACUCCACACAGAAAACAGACACACACACAGAAGAGGUGGAGGAGGGGGAAAUAAGCAGGGCAAUCAAUUGUAAUGAAACCCCAAUUAAAUUCUCUAGAUGGAACAAGCUGUAAUUCUGUUUUAUUUCAUUAGUCUUGUAAGGCUGAGAAAGAGCAUAGUGUUUGAAUUGUUCCAUUAACACUAAGGACAACAGCAAGAGGUGGAAAAAAACUGUAUUCAGUGCUGCCUGGCUUCUCAAUACAAACUGUUAUUUGGUUGGGUAGAAGGAAUUCUUAGCAGUCCCGGCAGUCCGGUCAGUCCCCAGUCAGCAAGAGAUGUCCAUGCUGCAGUUGUAACCCCAGACAUUUAAAUGCAAAAUGACUUCAUAGUGGAUUUCCUCACUGUAAAUGGCAGACUAAAGGCUCUUGGGAAUUGGAAGGAAACAGUUUUAAUUAUUGCUGCCUUCAAAGUGUCACACUUGUUCUUUAUGUAACUGGAAGCUCUAUGACCAUCAUGAUUAACCAGGAAAAGUGGGUCAAUCUCAGCCCUGCAGAAUUCUCUCAGCUUCAAAAAUAUGCAGAAUAUUCAACAAAGAAACUGAAAGAUGUUUUGGAAGAGUUCCACGGCAAUGGUGUUUUGGCAAAAUAUAAUCCAGAAGAGAAGCAAGAUAUUCUUAAACAAGCGAUUGACUUUGAAGGCUUCCGGUUGUUCAUGAAAACAUUUCUUGAAGUCGAACUUCCAGAUGAAUUCUGCAAGCAUCUCUUUAUGUCAUUCAGUAACAGAUUUCAUAACCCCAGCCCCUCCAUUCAAAGCAAAUCCCAGCUCCUCUCUGGAGGUCUCAGAAUGAAUUACAGAAGUAAUAGUUCAUCGCGAUCAUCCUCCCCGGUUUCUCUACGACCCCCUGAUGUGAUCCAGCUGAAAGAUAUUGUUUGCUAUUUAUCACUUCUAGAAAGAGGAAGGCCUGAGGACAAACUAGAAUUUAUGUUUCGCCUGUACGACACUGAUGGAAAUGGGUACCUGGACAGUACGGAACUGGAAAGUAUCAUUACACAGAUGAUGCAUGUGGCCGAAUAUUUAGAAUGGGAUGUCACAGAACUUAAUCCUAUUCUCCAUGAAAUGAUGGAAGAAAUUGAUUAUGACCAUGAUGGGACUGUGUCUCUAGAGGAAUGGAUUCAAGGGGGAAUGACAACAAUCCCCCUGCUGGUUCUUCUUGGUCUAGAAAAUAAUGUUAAGGAUGAUGGACAGCAUGUAUGGAGACUGAAACAUUUUAACAAGCCUGCCUACUGUAAUCUCUGCCUGAAUAUGCUAAUAGGCCUGGGGAAGCAAGGUUUAUGUUGUUCCUUCUGCAAGUAUACAGUCCAUGAAAGGUGUGUAUCCCGAGCACCUCCGUCGUGUAUUAAAACAUAUGUGAAGUCUAAAAAGGAUACUGAUGUAAUGCACCAUUUUUGGGUGGAGGGCAACUGCCCCACAAAAUGUGAAAAGUGUCACAAAGCCAUUAAAUGUUAUCAAGGCCUGACGGGACUUCACUGUGCAUGGUGUCAAAUUACACUUCACAAUAAAUGUGCUUCUCAUCUGAAACCUGAAUGUGAGUGUGGACCACUGAAAGAUCACAUUUUAUCACCUACAACUAUCUGUCCUGUUGUACUGGAAAGACAGUCAACUCUAAAGAGAGAAAAGAACUGUUCUCAACAAGGAAACAAAUGUGGAGAAAGAACAAAAAUGCAAAGAGCAAAUUCUGUAACAGUGGAUGGGCAAGGUCUCCAGAUUACUCCCAUUUCAGGAACACAUCCACUUUUAGUUUUUGUAAAUCCAAAGAGUGGGGGGAAGCAAGGUGAAAGGAUACAUAGGAAAUUUCAAUACCUUUUAAAUCCAAGGCAGGUUUAUAGUCUUGCUGGAAUUGGACCAAUGCCAGGAUUAAACUUCUUUCAUGAUGUUCCUGAUUUUAAAGUUCUUGCAUGUGGAGGUGAUGGAACAGUUGGAUGGAUUCUAGAUUGCAUUGACAAAGCCAACUUAACAAAGCAACCUCCUGUGGCAAUAUUGCCUCUUGGUACUGGCAAUGACUUAGCAAGGUGUUUAAGAUGGGGAGGAGGCUAUGAAGGAGAGAACCUCAUGAAGUUUCUGAAAGAUAUCGAGAAUGCUACAGUAGUUCUUCUCGACAGAUGGAAGAUUGAUGUUAUUCCAAAUGAUAAGGAUGAAAAAGGAGACCCAGUGCCUUACAGCAUCGUAAACAAUUACUUUUCAAUUGGAGUGGAUGCAUCCAUUGCACAUAGAUUUCAUCUGAUGAGAGAAAAACAUCCAGAAAAAUUCAACAGUAGAAUGAAGAAUAAAUUUUGGUACUUCGAAUUUGGAACCUCUGAAACAUUCUCAGCAACAUGCAAAAAAUUACAUGAAGCAAUUGAGAUUGAAUGUGAUGGUAUUCAGAUGGACCUGGGCAAUAUUUCUCUGGAAGGAAUUGCUAUUCUAAACAUUCCAAGUAUGCAUGGUGGCUCAAAUCUCUGGGGAGAAACCAAAAAAAGAAGAAGUAGAAGAACUGACAAGAAAAACUCAGAUAAGAGAACCACUGUGACUGAUGCUAAAGAGCUUAAAUUUGCUGCACAAGAUCUGAGUGAUCAGCUACUGGAAGUGGUUGGACUGGAGGGAGCAAUGGAAAUGGGACAAAUUUAUACUGGUUUAAAGAGCGCUGGAAGACGUUUUGCACAAUGCUCUUCUGUAGUUAUAAGAACUAGCAAGUCACUGCCAAUGCAGAUCGAUGGGGAACCGUGGAUGCAGACACCAUGUACGAUCAAGAUUACCCACAAGAACCAAGCCCCAAUGUUAAUGGGGCCUCCUCCAAAAAAUGGACUUUUCACUUCUCUCAUUAAAGGAUCCAGAAGCAAGAUCAAGGAAUAGGUCAAACAAGAUUCAUGCAAGAAACGACUGAUCUUCAGUAUUGCUUUACUGAUUUCUUUACUGACAGUACAUUUUACAAAAUAUAGGUUGGCAUUAUGGUUUCUCAAGUUAUAAGUAUUAAUAUCAUUUUGAUUUAUUUAUUGCAACAAAAGCUAUUUUGGCAUGGGUAAUAGUUUCUAUAUAUUUAUUGCAACUGCCUAUGUUUUCGCAUGCUUUUUUAUUUAUUUCUUUUCCCCUCCUUCCUCCUUUAUUCUGAUACAAACAUUCAAACCAUAUCUAACAAAUUCUGCAAAAGGAUGGAAAGGCGACACUCCGGUAAAAAGGAUUUUACAAGUCAUAAACCAACAUCACCUGACGCGUUUCGGGAGCAACUCCCUUAAUCAUAGGCAUAUCUAACAAAUAUUGAUUCCAGAUUUCAGUCUUUUAACAAUAACACAAUGACAACGGGAUCAAAAACAAAGGGGGUAACUGACAGUCAAAAUCAUUGACAAUGAAGAAACGAUCACCGUAUUUUUACCAAGUCAAGGUACUUGACUUGUGUCAUGGUCACAUAAUUGCCAUGUCCAUUAGUAUUUGUGUCAUUCUAUACAGGCUUACAAAUAACAUGUCAUAUUCAUAAACUGCUUGCUUAAUAAACUGUUUUCCACCAAAGAUUUACUGAGUAAGGCUGAAGUAAUGAGUUAAUGCAUAAUUAAUCAAGGACAUUGCAUGAAAUUCGCAGUCAAAAAUGUCCUGUGCUUUUGAUUACCUUGCCAAGUGCUGAGAUUAGAAACAAGUGCAUUAAGCAAACAAAACUCUUAUUUCAUGUCUGCAGUAUUGCUGUGUAAGGUAUUGAUGUAGUUAUAUUCACAGGAAGCUAGAUAGCAAGAAAAAAGCACCACACUGGAGAAUAUGCCCUAACCUUUCUAUCGGACAUAUACAAACAAAGUUUUUACAGUGUUUUUUUUCUCCACUGGGUCAAAACACUUAAGUUGAACAGAGGUAGCACUAAACAAGAGAUAACGUUAUCUGUGCACAGUCUGACUCAUUUAUAAACCAAUAUUGUGGCUCAAUUAUAAAAAUACAUAUAAAUGCACUGCUUGUCACAAUGUGAAGAGCAGAGCAAACUGUAUAGUAGACCCAUUUAUUGGAUGCACAGGCCUUAAAGGGAUCCUGUCAUCGGAAAUUUUUUCAAAAUGCAUCAGUUAAUAGUGCUACUCCAGCAGA